GUGAGGAUCUCCUUUAGAAGAGGAGAAGCCUUGCAUCAACCUCUUGGUCCUUAGCCAAGAUGUCUGAGACACUGUCCAAUAUAGUCUCCAAGAACAUGACCAAUGACAAGAACAGCCUGGAAUCCAUGAACAUCAGCUCUUCCUCAAGCGCUGAAGAGAACCCAAAGAAACAGGCAAAAAAACCCAAAGAGCAUGGUCCUGACCCUUCGGCGAAUCCUUUCCACUUGUCUGGGGAUGUGGAUUUCUUCUUGCUCAGAGAUCAGGAGCGGAAUAAGGCUCUCUCCGAGCGGCAGCAGCAGAAGACGAUGCGAGUGCACGAGAAGAUGACCUACUCCUCCAAAGUGUUGGCCAAGCGCACCAGCUUGCGACGGCAGCUGCAGCUGGAGGAUAAGCAGGAGGACCUGGAGGCGCGCACCGAGGCAGACCAUCUGCGCGCCUUCCGCGACUACAAUACCUGGAAGCUCACCUUGACCAAAGAAAAGAAUGUGGAACCUGAGAACAUGAGUGGCUACCUUAAGCAGAAGCGGCAAAUGUUCCUCCUCCAGUAUACCCUGGAUUGCAAACGGAGAGAGAUCCAGCGGCUGGAGACACUGGCCACCGAAGAGGAGGCCAGGCUGCAGCAGGCCGAGAAGUCCCUGGCGAAGGAUGCCGCCUUGUUCGACGAGUUCCUCAGGGAGAACGACUGCAGCUCCGUGCAGGCCAUGAAAGCGGCUGAGAAGGAGACCAAAGCCAAGAUAGAGAAGAUCCUUGAAAUCCGGGACCUGACCACCCAGAUUGUUAAUAUCAAAAGUGAGAUCUCCAGAUUUGAAGACACUCUGCAGCAUUACAAGGUCUACAAGGAUUUCCUAUACAAGCUGUCGCCCAAGGAGUGGCUUGAAGAACAGGAAAAGAAACGCUUGUUUCUCAAAAACACCAAGGAGAUCUCCGAGGCUUCCAAAGACGGCAGUGUUAACUCCACACCAGGGGACAAAGGACCAGGGAUCAAGGGCAAGGCGAGCUCUGUGUGGGCCAAAGAGGGUCAGGGCACAAAGAAGCCCUGGAGAUUUCUGCGGCUGGGGCGGAGCCUGUCUUACCUGAGCAGCCCCCAGCAAGGCAGCCAGCCCAGCGAGUCUAGCGGUGGCAACUCCAGAGGGUCGAACUCUCCCAUCCCCCUCACGCAGGAAGACACCGACAGCGAUGGGGAGGAACCACAGCUGUACUUCACGGAGCCCCAGCAGCUCCUGGAUGUCUUCCGAGAGCUGGAGGAGCAGAACCUGUCGCUGAUCCAGAACAGGCAGGAGAUGGAGGAGACCCUGGAGGAGCUGAGCCGCACCCUGAAACACACGCAGAUCCGCAUGGACAGGGAGGUCAACCAGCUGAAGCAGUGGGUCAGCACGAUGAUGAUGUCCAUCACCAAGGAGGAGGACACAGCAGCUGAGCUAGAGCUCAAAGCCCGAGUCUUCCACUUCGGCGAGUACAAGGGUGAUCAGCAGGAUAAGCUGCUAGAGAGCCUGAACUGGAAGGUGCUGGACGUGUAUCGGAACUGCAUCGGCACCCAGCAGGAGGCCAACCUGGGCACUGUGCAGAUGCUGACCAUCAUUGAGCACCAGCUGGAUGAGCUGCUAGAGAACCUGGAGCGCGUGCCCCAGGUCAAGAUCGAGCAGGCCGAGAGGGCAAAGGAGAAGGAGCGGCGCAUCAGACUUCGAGAAGAGAAGCUCCAGAUGCAAAAGAUCCUACAGGAGGAGCGUCUGCAGCGGGCCCGGGCGCGUGCCCAGGCUGAGAUAAAGAAGAAGAGAGGCAGGACAUUGGUAUGCCGCUCACAACCCCCAGUCCACAGGAUCAAACAAGAGUCUGAGCACACACUGAUGGACAAGGAGAAGGAGGAGCUGCUAUUUUUCUUUACGUAAUCUUCGCAGACCAUAGCUGUUCUAGCUGAAGGCUUAGCAAAGAUGUUGGCAGAGUCUGGGCUGGGUCUUGAAUGACCCAACUGAGUCUUCUCUGCCUCCUGUGUGCUCCCUUCCUCACCUGAAUAAAUUCAUGUCU